AUGAAGAGCAAAACAAACAGCAUGUGGUGUCUUAUUCUUCCCCUUUUUUAUGCCCUCCUGCCGACACAAAUUGAAAGCAACUGUUGCCAUAGCGCCAAAAGCAAAGAUGGCUAUCCAAUGCCUAUGUAUUUUUCAAACGAUAUAAAUAUAAAAUUUUUAUUUGAUUUUUUGCAAGUGAAGAAUGAAUACGAAUUUUUCCUCUGCAACAUUGUUUGCAUUAUGUUGGGCUUUCUAUCUGUGUAUGUUAAAGUGUUGAAGAAAAAAGCUUUCAUGAAAGAUUCGAAUGGAUUGAAGACCCAGCUUACCCUGUUAAGCAUCCUCUUUUCUUGCAAAAGUGCUCUGUACGGGUGGUUGUCUUUUCUCAAUUACACAAUUGACUUCGCGCUGAUGCUUAUCGUUAUGACUUUCAACGUGUUCAUUUUUUUAAGUACCAUUUUGGGGGUGGCCUGUGGCUACUUUUUUUACGGCCACCUGUUAGCGCUGUGA